AUGAUCCCAUAAAGGAAAUUCCAGGGUCAGUCCAUUACAAUUCCAAGCAAACUUCCUGUUUAUCCACUUGCUAUCUCUAUAUUUUCAUUCAAAUAUAUAUAAUACUAACUCUGUUUUAGUUUCCUAAUAAAUCAGUUCAUAACAAUUACAGGUUUAACAUGUUGAAAACCACAGCUAAAGUGAUUUUUUGUGACUUAUUGUGUUUGCUAUAAAAUCUUCCUAUAAUGUAAAGAAGACUCUGAAAAUAUAACCUUGAUAUAUUUAAUAUUGAAAUGACCACUCAGUCAAUAUUUGUGUGAAGCAUUUGUGUCUUAUGGCUUUAAAAACCUAAUUGCUAUACUUUUAUGUCUUUUAGGGAGGAUGGCACUAUAAGAGAAUUCCCUUCUUUAGUUUUAGCACAGUAAAUUUAGUGCAAGCAAAUACAUGAUUAAUAACUGAUAUGCUUUUACAUUGUCUCAUAAUUCCACUGCUUUUUUGCAUGUGGUGGUAUCAGAUCCGUGAGUAUCUGGAUGCAGAUUCCUCUGCCGUGAGGAUGUUGUACUCCACUGGCUUUAGAGAGCAUGCUGGGAAUGUGUAUCUUCUGGCUCUUAAACAGGCAUGGACUCGAGCUGCAGUGUGCGGAAUCUUCUUUCUUAUCUAUCUUCUCUUAGGAUAAUUCAUGGGCUCUGUUAUUGGUAUUGGCGGGUUCUUGCUGGUUGUUUGGGUAGCAGUGCAGUAUUUUUUUGAGCAGGGUAUUCAGCUCGGGAUCAGUGAUGAUUUGUUGGAUAUCAGGAAAUCCUACAUGGAGAAUGACUGUCCGAGCUGCUUUUGGGUAGCAGAAGUGAAAGGGUCUAUUGUGUUGCCUUGUGUGGAGGAGCCAGGUACCUGGGAACUGAAGAGGAUCUCUAAAAAGAAGUUUCGGGGGCGUGGCCUGGCGCAAGCUCUUUGUAAAACAGCCCUAAACGUUGUUGAAAAACAUCAGGUGGAAAGGCUGGUUCUUUUCACUUCUGUAAUUCAGUCUGAUGCUCACAAGUUAUAUGACAUAGAAAAGGAGUUUGUGUGGACAUCACUUCCUGCUAGGCUGAUUGAUUUAAAGCUGUUUAAAUAUGCACACAGGAUUGGUGGUCAUGCUAAUGUAAAAUAAGAAAAUUUGUAUGAAGAAUUUGCUUGAAAAGAGUCCCUCAAGAUUGGAUGUUUUUUAUUUACAUUUUUAUAGCACUUUUUCAUAAGUAUAUAUAUAUU